UUAUUUUGGAUCCUCCUUUUAGCACAUAAAAGCUGGUGAUAGGGCAAAAGCAGUCCACUGACCACUGCUGCGAAACUACAGAGAAAGUGGGAAAAUGGGUUCUCUUCUGUAUUUGCUGCUUUUCUCAGGUUAUAUCGCACAGCUGGUCUCUGCAGAGACAUUCCUGGUGACAGCUCCCAGCGUUUUCCAUGUUGGCACAAAGGAAACGGUGUCAGUCCAGGUCGGGGAUGAACUGCUGAACAGAUCUGUGACCUGUUACUUAGAGCAGGAGGUGGGACGUGUUCUUAUGUCAAAAAAGGAGCCUAUACUGAUCGAAAAUAAAGGAAAAAUCGGAACACUACAGCUUGAGAUUUUACCAAACAGAGAUGGAAAAUUACAAUCAGGCACAGGAGAUCCACCCUACCUUAAUCUGGUGUGUGAGGUUGGUGGAUCAAAGAGAAAGAUAACUCGAGUGUUGGUGUCCCACCACAGAGGCUACAUCUUCAUUCAGACAAACCAGCCCAUGUACAACCCCACACAGAAAGUUCUGUACAGGAUUUUUACUCUGAAUCAUGCUAUGCGUCCAGUAUCCGAGAUCAUACAUGUAUACUUAAUUAAUGCAGAUGGAAACAUAAUCAAGAAUAUUUUGACCAAAUCUGACAAAGGAGUUUACAGCAAGGUCUUCGAUAUUCCUGACAUUUCACAGCCAGGUGUGUGGAAAAUCAAAGCUCACUACAAAGGUGAUGAGAAGAGUGCUACUAUUCGGGAAUUCAAGGUGCAAAAGUUUGUUCUUCCUAGUUUUGGUGUAACCAUCAAGGCUGAAACUGACCAUCUCCUUGUGAGCGCUGAAAACUUUAAAUUCUCUAUUGAUGUUUCAUAUUCAUAUGGAAAGAAAAUCAAUGGGGGAUUUCACUGUCGCUUUGGAGUGAGAGCAGGAAAUACAAAUGAGCCAGAUGACAUCAAGUUCCUCAAAGGGCUAGAAAAAAGUGGACAAGUAAAAGACGGGGAAGCUGAAAUCGUCCUUAAAAUCUCAGACAUCCAGGAGAAACUGGCACCCGUAACACUGGAAGACGCUGCUCAGAAUGGAGUGCGGUUUUACAUCGCUGUUUCUGUUACAGAUACCUUAAGUGGUGAGUUGCAAGAUUCUGAAAUAUUCCUCCCCAUCGUGGCACAACGAUACAAAGUGGACCUGGAGAGAACUAGAUCACACUUUAUUCCUAAAAUGCCUUUUAAAGCUAUGGUAGUGGUGCGUACUCCAAAUGGUCUUCCGGCUAAAGCCAUUCCAGUGAAAAUAAGUGUGUCACACACCAAUGAGAAAUCCACAACCAUAAAUACCAAUGAUGAGGGAGUAGCGUAUUCUGUUUUCAAUGUUGAACAAACACCACAAUCCAUUUCUGUUGAGGCAACAGUCGAUGGAUUCACGUCAGUUAAAAAUGUGCCUAUUGCCACUUCCUCAAGCAAUAACUUCCUGCAGAUCAGUGUAACCAGUAGGGUUUUGGCACCUGGACAUCAGAUGAAUGUUAAAUUCGAUAUUGUCAAUGGCCCAGCAAAGGAUGGCUAUGUAUAUUACUUGAUCCUCAGCAAAGGUGCACUCAAGGAGUCAGGUUCGGUUGAAAUAGGAGUUACAGCCACCAUCAGCAUUCCUCUCAAACAUAACUUGAUUCCAUCCUUCCGCCUCAUUGGAUAUUAUUAUAAUACACGGGGUGAAAUUAUAGCAGACUCCAUCUGGGUAGAUGUCAAGGAUGUGUGUGAGAGAAAGGUUGAGAUAACAGAAAAGGACAAAGGUAAUAAAAAUGAAUACAGGAAUCCAUCGGAAAGCAUUGAUCUUAACAUUGAUGUGGAUGGCCAAGAAAAUGCAAAAGUUGCUUUACUGGCCGUGGACAAAGCCAUCUAUGCCCUGAAUGCCGAAAACAAGCUCACCCUAAAACAGGUCUUCUCCUCUAUGCAUUCGUAUGAUCUGGGAUGCUCGUAUGGCGGUGGUGAGAACACUGCUGCAGUAUUUAAUGAUGCUGGACUGACCUUCAUCUCUCACUCUGAAACUCUCAAGUCACAGAUGAGAAUAGGAUUUGGCUGUGAAACAGGUUUCAGGCGGCAGAAACGUGCCAUAGACCUCCAGAAAGAAUUGGCCAAAAAAGAAACUGAGUUUCCAGAUGUAGCAUUGCAGAAGUGUUGCCGUCAUGGCUUAACGCUGCUCCCAAUGAAGCUGAGCUGCGAGCAGCGAAAGAAAAGAAUGAAAUCAUCUGAUGAAUGUGUGGAGGCUUUUAUGAAAUGCUGCAACUUUGCCACCCAACUGAGGAAAAAGAAGAGGCAGGAGGAAAUAAUGAGUAGUCAUGGCAGAACUGUUAGUUCCAAUGAGAUUGAGAACUUUUUUGACAGCGAUAUCCAGUACAUUCGCCGCAGUUUCCCUCCCAGCUUUGCAUUUGACAUUUUAAAAGUGAAUGGCCAAGCUACAACAAAGAUCAUUCUCCCUGAUUCCAUCACUACCUGGGAGAUACAGGCUGUCAGUUUGUCUCCUGAUUAUGGUUUUUGUGUGGCCAAGCCUCUUGACAUACAGGCAUUUAAGGAGCUCUUUAUUUCAUUGCAACUUCCAUAUUCUGUCAGGAAGAAUGAACAAAUGGCCAUUGUUGUGGUUAUCUACAAUUAUGGAAAACAUGAUAGAGAGCUUGCUGUUCAUAUGAAACAAGUAGAAGGCCUGUGUUCACCUGGGGCUUUAACCACUGAUUCCUACCUGAAUGUGAAUGUGGCCGGCAGUAGCUCUGAGACAGUGACCUUUUCUGCUGUUCCUUUGAUGGAGGGUGAAAUCCCUAUCACUAUCCAACUUUAUGACAAAGAAUUUGAUAGUGGUGUGGAUGCCAUUCAGAAGACACUGUUGGUGAUGAAUGAGGGAAUCCGUGAGGAGCAAGCAAAAAGUACCAUAAUUAACCUGGAUGGUAGAAGUGAUAUAACCUUUGAUAUUGAUGGAGUUCUUCCACGUGGUACAGUUCCUGAGACAGAUGGCAAUAUCUUUGUCAAAAUUGAAGAUGAGGUAUUUGGUGCAGCAUCAGCCACACCCCUACUUAAUCCAGGCAAAGUGAAGAAUCUGAUCAAAGCCCCUCACGGUUGUGCUGAACAAACUAUGAUCAGGAUGUCCCCUACGGCUCUGGCCAUCCGAUACAUGGAUUCAAACAACGGAUGGCUGAACCUGGAACCUGAGAUGAGAGACAACGCACUGAAGAACAUAGAUGAGGCCUAUAACAGACUUCUGACAUUCAAAAAGCCUGAUGGAUCUUAUGGAGCAUGGAUAAAACAUCCAACCAGUAGCUGGCUAACUGCCCUGGUAGUGAAGGUGUUAUCUCUUGUGGCCGAUUGUGAGUUAGCAGUAACAGAAGACAAAUUGAUCGUCUCACAACUUGAAAUUCGGAAUUCAGUCAAUUACCUUAUCACCCAUCAGGAAGAAGACGGGUCAUUCAUAGAUCGUAAUCCAGUCAUUCACAGAGAAAUGCAGGGUGGAAUUGGAGGUGUUGAACAAGAUGCCUCCCUCACCGCUUUCAUAGCCAUUGCUCUUAAUCGCUCCCUUCCUUUCAUGGACCAGGAAACUGAUGCUGUGACCAGAAGCAUUUCUAAUGCCGCUAGAUAUCUCCUUCUGCGUGUCGAUGAACUACGAAGGCCCUUUUCUCUGGCUAUUACAACCUAUUGCUUAUCCCUCUGCCUUGAAGACAAUCCAGUGGCUUUGUCAGCUUGGGCAAGACUUAAAUCUAUGGCAAAAAAAGAGGGUGACUGUAAGGUGUGGCGGGAUAAUGAGGACCUGCGAUUGCAAGAUGAGAAAAAGCAAAAUCUGGUUCCCUCAGCAGUGGCUCUUACAGUUGAGACCACUGCAUAUGCUCUUCUUGCUGCUUUAAAAAAUAAAGAUUUUGAAGAAGCGAAAAUGGCCGUCUGCUUCCUGGCCUCCCAAGAGAACUAUGAAGGCGGGUUCAAGUCCACACAGGAUACAAUUAUCGCUUUGGAAGCGCUCUCAGAGUAUGCAAAAAGUUUACCUAUAGAGGAACCUUUAGAUGUAAAAGUGCAGUUCACCAGUUUGAGGAGGAAUAAAAUAGAGAAUCUGGCCAUAAACAAGAAAGGCGAGAAAGUGGAGACAGAUUUACAGAGACUGCUGGGAAGUAACAUCCAGGCAAAGUUUUCAGGGAAAGGCCAAGCAAAAGUAAAGGUGGUGAAGGCUUACUACGUCCCAGACACUUCCUCCCAAUGUAGUCAAGUGGCAAUAACUGUGACAGUGACCGGCAAAUUAGAAUAUGAAGCUAAAAUAAUAGACAACUAUGAGUAUGACUACAGUUAUAAUUAUGAGGCGGAAAGGAAGGAGGAGGAAGAUUUCCCUCGCUCGGCCAUCGAGUGGUUUGAUGCUCGCACCAGACGCAGACGGGACACAGAUUCGAGCCAGAACUCUGAAAAAAUAGUGUACAAUGUGUGCGUCAGUCUCUCCAUGGAGCGGAAUCUCACAGGCAUGGCUAUUGCUGAUAUCACAUUACUCAGUGGCUUUCAGCCGGAAACUGAGGAUCUGGAUCAGUUAAAAAAUGCAGAAGCCCCAUUCAUCUCUCACUACGAGUUUGCAAAUGGAAGGGUCCUGUUAUAUUUUAAUGAGAUAUAUAGUGGUAAAGAAUGUAUUGAAUUUAGAGCUGUACAAAAGGUGCCAAUAGGCUUGCUGCAGCCUGCUCCUGCUACAUUCUAUGACUAUUAUGAACCAGAAAGAAGAUGCACGAUAUUCUAUGGUGCCCCAAAAAGGAGCAAGAUGGUGUCUACUCUUUGCGUGAAUGAAGUGUGCCAGUGUGCUGAAAGGGCUUGUUUCAAAGAAAAAGAUCCAUCAAAACUAAAUAUCAGAAAAGACGACCGCUUCAAGCAUGUUUGCUACCAGCCUCUAGCUGAUUAUGGCUUCAUGGUCAAUGUGACUUCUGAGGAGGAUAAAAAAUCAUUUAUCUUUUACCACACCACUGUGACCGAGGUCCUCAAAUUCAAGGGAGAUGUUAAUGUGGCUAUCGAUGAUACUCGUGUUUUUGCCAAGCGGAAACAUUGUAAGAGUCAGCUGAAUCUAGGGGAGUACCUCAUCAUGGGCAGAGACGGCUUGACCACUGACAUAAAUGGACAAAUGGUUUACCUUUUGGAUUCAAAUACUUGGGUGGAGCCAAAGCCGACCAAGAAUAAAUGCAAAGCAUCACUCAUGCGCUCAUACUGCAAGGGAUUUACAGAUUUCCGACAAGAAUACCUAAUUAAUGGCUGCUCCCAGUAAUCUAGUCAAUCAAUGACAGCAUUAUGGUAGAAUAAGUGCACCUGAAUGGAAUAGCCUUAGUACAAAGUGAUUGCACAUUAGGGACCAUCUGGUUUCUUUCACUGAGAUUCUGCUCCAAAAUGUAGAAGUCUAGAAGUGACCACACUCUGACUGGACAGAAACAGUAGCAUAGAAUUCACUUCACUCUCUCUCCUGACUAAUUUGACUUCUGAAUAUUGUUACUUCAUUGGUUAUCAGAAGGAAAGGCUUAUAAUGUCACAGGUUUGGAAUCUUUAAUUUCUAUUUUUUAUUUUAUUUUCUACAAUCAGCAACAGAAAUAAUUAUUUCUAAUUAUUCUUACACUCUUUAGGCAAAUGUAUGUACUACUCAGUUUACUUUUAAUGUGCUUUUAGUUCAUGUCAUCUUGCUAUUUUUGUAUCAUUCUACUGGAAAUUUAGCUAGCUUUUGCAACAAGUCAUUUAUUAUCUUAGAAAUCAUUCGGACGUUUUCUCGACUCUGUUUAUUUACAUACGUACUACAUGUACAGAGCUUUUGCUCCUUAAAAAGUGUAACACAUUCCUCCAAAUUAAAACAAUUAACCUAAAA